AUGAUCGCUCUCCUUGUUGGAUUUGCUACAUUCACGGCCGCCUUUUUAAUCUAUCGGCUCUGUCACUGCUUAUUGUUCAGCCCCCUCCGCCGAGUCCCUGGCCCAACCUCGUUUGCCUUGACAGGGGCAAGGCUGUCUUUUGAAGAUUACAGAGGAACUCGUACUCGCAAAAUAUUUUCUUUGCACCAAAAAUAUGGACCUGUUGUUCGAGUCGGGCCGAACGAAAUUUCAUUCAACAGUCUCUCAUCACUACGAGCGAUCUAUGGUGCCGGAAGUGGCUUUGAAAGGACCGAAUUCUAUAAAAUGUUCGAAGCAUAUGGCCGAAAGAAUCUCUUCUCUUUUUCAUCCGUCAAAGAGCAUGGGGACCGCAAAAAACUCUUUGCCCACGCUUAUGCAAAAUCUGUCAUGCUUAAAGGAGAAAAUGCAGCAAUGGUGGAGCGUAAGGCUAAGUUGUAUACGGACCUCUUGGGUGAUGAGGACUCCGUGAACGAAAUCUUUGCAUCAUUGCACUAUUAUUCUCUUGACAAUAUCACAGAGUUUCUCUACGGCAGGUUUGGCAAGACUUCAUGUCUAGAGGGAUCACAACAAGAUCGGGAAUUGAUCAUCGACAUCGUUGAUACUGCCCGGCGAAAGUUAUCAUGGUACUCGGUUCAUUUCCCUGGGUUCACAAAGUGGCUUUACUCACGAUCCGGAGCCCUGAGUUGUAUCGCACAACAUUUUUAUCCUAUGAAGAAGCCAACAACAUAUACUGGGAUCAGACUCCAUGCCGCGAAAGCUUGUCAGGCAUUUGCUCAAGUCCCCGAAAGUGAAAAGCUCGAGGAAACAUCUUUGAUCGCAAAAUUAUGGAGGCAUCAUCACUCUCAGAAGGAAAAUGGAAUGGAUGAUUUAGACAUCGCUUCGGAAUGUGCCGAUCAUCUCCUUGCCGGGAUUGACACCACCAGUGACACAUUAAUGUUUCUGAUUUGGUCCCUUUCCCGACCACCACACUCAACAUUCCAAGACCGGCUUGUAGAGGAGGUCCAAAAACUAUCAGAAAAACAAUUGGAUGCAGAUGGGAUUCCGAUGGCCCUUGAAUGUGAUAAGUUGCCGUACCUUGAUGCAGUAAUCAAGGAAGCCCUUCGACUUUAUGCUCCUUUACCAGGAUCCGAGCCAAGAUCACUUUCCAAGGCUGUGACAAUUGAUGGCUUUUUGAUACCUCCACAUACAACGGUUUCCAUCGCACCUUAUACACUUCACAGAAAUCCCGAGAUCUUCAAAGACCCUCUUAACUUUAAUCCCGAUCGUUGGCUGGAGUUUUCUGAGGAGUCAAUGGAGAUGAAAAAGUGGUUUUGGGCAUUUUCUAGUGGAGGAAGAAUGUGUAUCGGGAUGCACCUAGCAAUGACUGAGAUGACAACUCUUGUUGCGGCGGUCUAUCGAAAGUACAGGACGAAAACAACACCGGCAUUUGACAACGUGUCUCCUGGAAUAACUGCGCGAUAUGAAGUUUUCUAUGAUGAAAUGUGUCCGGGGAUGCGAGUAUGCUUGAACCUUUCAUCUCAAAUACGAUUAAAAGCCUGA